AAGAAGAUGAAUUCCUUUCACGGAGCAGGUACGACCGCGGGCUUUCCCUGUGAGCAGUUUUCUACAGGAUUUAGCCACCGGAGCGCAUACAGGCACGCCCAAGCAGAUUUAAAGCCAGCGUUUAGACUCCUUUCAGUCUUAAACGUCCUGGAACAGGAUUGAAAUUCAACCGCUAGAAAUGCAGAAAGCUUCAGCCCAAAAGGUUCUUCCAAGGCACUGUGUUUGCCAUUUAUGGUUGCUGGACAACAAGUAGGGUAUGUCCCACCGGCUGUAGCCAAAUGUCUCCAUCAGCACCCAACUGUUUUCUCAGUGUCUCAAGGAGAUAAAGCCCCUCCACGAGUGGAACUUAACAAACAACUGACUUCUUGUGACCAGAGGACAGCUGCUGUACAAAGGGUGCUCAAGGAGCUGAAAGCACAGCAAAUUUUCCCUUGUUUAAAAGGAUGGAGAGAUGAGAUGUACAAUGUAAUGCCCUAUUUUUGUGACACACCUUUCUUCAGCAUGGAACGUGCUGCAACACCAUUAUUGGGAGUGAAGCGCUAUGGUGCCCACCUGAACGGCUAUACUUGGCGAAAAGGUGAAAUGCACAUGUGGCUGGCCCGUAGGGCCUUGAACAAACCCACAUAUCCUGGCUUAUUGGAUAAUUUGGCUGCAGGUGGCAUUUCAUCAGAGCUGGGUGUCAGAGAGACACUAAUAAAAGAGUGCCAAGAAGAAGCUUGCAUUCCUGCUUCACUUGCUACAUUAUCCAAAUCUGUUGGAACUGUCAGCUACACAUAUGAAGAGUCAGAUGGAGGCAUCUAUCCUGAAUGCCAGUUUGUAUUUGACCUGGAGCUGCCUGAAGAAUUUGUGCCCCGAGUGGGAGAUGGAGAAGUGCAAGAAUUCUAUCUUUGGUCACUUGAUAAGGUGAGAGAGGCCAUCGGAUCUUCAGAUUUCAAGCCCAACUGUGCAAUGGUAGCACUGGAUUUUCUGAUAAGACAUAGUUACAUUCAACCUGAUCAAGAACCCCAUUAUGUAGAAUUGGUGGAAGGGCUACACCAGAGCCUUUGAAAAGCCAAGGACUGCCUGUUGAGAUGAUGCAGGGUUUUCCCUGUGUUUUCUUUUUGCUAAGCCAAGACCGGCACCUCAAAUGGAAAGCCCAAGGAC